AUGAGCGCACCUCUUGUAAACCUGAAUUUCCUUCGCGCUGGAAGACGUGGUGCCUCCGUAAAUUACGGUGGAGCAAUGCCGAACAUGAAUAUGGCUGCCAUCGACAAUUUGUGCGGUCACGCAAGCGCAUCCGACGUCUUGGCUGCAGGUUUCAUGUUACCACCUGUUGCUGACCCCGCCGCUUAUUCACGCGAGCAUUUUCAAGUCAAAUAUACAGAAGACAAUGAACAAUCACUACAAUUUGCAAAGGGUACAACUACGUUAGCUUUUAUAUACAAUGGUGGGAUAGUUGUAGCUGUGGAUUCACGCUCUACAAUGGGUCCAUUCAUUGCGUCGCAACAAGUCAAGAAAGUGAAUCCAAUUAAUGAGUAUAUCUUAGCUACACUUGCUGGAGGUGCGGCUGACUGUCAGUUUUGGCAGCGUAAUUUAGCAGUCCAAUGCCGGAUGUAUGAGCUACGCAAUCGUCACCGUAUCUCGGUACGUGCGGCCUCGAAGCUGAUUGCCAAUACGUGCAAUUAUUACAAGCGCUAUGGCAUGUCACUGGGAAUGAUGAUGAUGGGUUAUGAUAAUGGUAAACCUGUACUGUAUUAUGUGGAUGAUGAGGGCUCUCGUAUUCCAGCAAGCAAGGACGCUCCUAAAUUUAGUGUUGGCUCUGGAUCCACGUAUGCUUAUGGCGUGCUAGACACGAGUUGGCGUUGGGAUCUUACGGAUGAUGAAGCUGUGGAACUUGGCAAACGAGCCAUUUACCAUGCUACGCACCGUGACGCUUACAGUGGUGGCUUCUGCAAUGUGUUUAUCUUUAAGCCAGAAGGAUUCAAACACGUUGUACACCAGGACGUUAAGGAGAUGCACGACUACACGCGCGACAUUUAA